GUGGGGGCGUGGCCGGUUGCGUAGUGUUUGCGCUUGCUCCCGGUGGAACGUUCAGUUGUUACUUUGUAUCUUCUCUUCCUAUCAAGUCGGCGCCGCCGCUCGUCACCGGCCACAUGGGGGCGCAGAUCAGCACGCUGGGGAGGAUCGUGGGGUACCCCUUCUACCUCGUCUUUGCCGUGUUCCGGAGGCUCUUUGGGAAGCCUCUUCCGGCCAUCACCUUGGAGAGCGCAGAUAUAAAAUACCCCCUGAGGCUCAUUGACAAAGAGGUCAUCAGCCAUGACACACGAAGGUUCCGAUUCGCUCUGCCGUCUCCGAAGCAUAUUCUGGGCCUCCCCAUCGGACAACACAUUUACCUGUCGGCCAGGAUAGAUGGGAAUCUGGUGGUCAGGCCCUACACGCCGGUCUCCAGUGACGAUGAUAAAGGCUAUGUGGAUCUGGUGGUGAAGAUAUACUUUAAGGGAGUCCAUCCAAAAUUCCCCGAUGGUGGUAAAAUGUCCCAGUAUCUAGAAGGACUGAAGAUAGACGAGACCAUUGAUUUCAGGGGACCCAGUGGAUUGCUGACCUACGAUGGAAAAGGAGUUUUCAAAAUACGUCCAGACAAGAAGUCUCCGGCAGUUGAACAGAAGGUGACGAAGUUGGGAAUGAUUGCUGGUGGGACAGGAAUUACCCCAAUGCUCCAGCUCAUCCGUGCCAUCAUGAAGGACAAAGACGACAAGACUGUCUGCUACCUGAUAUUUGCUAACCAGACCGAGCAGGACAUCCUGUUACGAAGCGAGCUGGAGGAGGUGGAGGCCAAUAAUACCAGGUUCAAGCUGUGGUACACGCUGGACCGUGCUCCUGAGAAGUGGGAUUACAGCCAAGGCUUCGUUAAUGAGGAUAUGAUUAAGUCCUUCUUGCCGCCCCCCGGGGAUGACGUCUUAAUCCUGAUGUGCGGCCCUCCUCCCAUGAUCCAGUAUGCGAUUAACCCCAGUCUGGACAAGCUGGGCUACCACCAGCAGAGGAGAUUUGCCUACUAGCCAGCUGCGGCCCCGCUGCGAGGGUUGCGCUGGGCAGCGUCGGAAGGGCAGAGACGUCUUCGCACUUGGAGCAAAGGAGAAUGUUUCCCGAGGAGCCUCUUCCAGACAUCGCCCUGUAAGCCUACGUGUGUGUUCUGCCAGCUGCUCGUGUCUCUUAUACCGUUCUUUCCUUUCCGUCUAUAAAACACAGUGACAGGUGUACGGACAAUCGCUGCAUCCAAGAAUGAUUCUACGCUCCGUUAGAUGCCGCCUGUCCUUAAAUCCGGGGAAUAUGAGAUGGGAAGUAGUACUGUGUACAGGGAGUGGAACCGGGCGGGUUUGGGAAGUGUUAUUCAGCUAUAGGGGGUCUGACUCCAAGCCAUAUUGUGUUCUGGGUUUGUGGGGUGAGGGGCUGGCUACAAUGUAUGUUUCCAUAUUCAGUGGACUGACCCUACCAGUGUCUAAGGGGGGGGUCAUGCAAAGUAACUAGCAUGCCACGCUGGAGCUAGUAGUUCCACAAAUUGCGGAGGUCUGGGUUAGGAUGUCACAUCUUGUGCUGAAUAGCGGCAGCGGGAUUCUACAUGUCACAAUAUCGUAACACUAUUGAUUUGUAACGUUAUUUUUUGCUGAAUCUGAAUUUGGACACUUAUCUCUCCACUUAUGAAUAUUCCUGGGAGUUGUUCCAGGAUGUUGCAUUGGGUCUGUUAAUGUAACGGCUUUGUGUCUCCUGCCCCUUAAACAACGAAGGACUGCGUCAUGACUGAUGUCUGUAUUUGCACUAUUCCUGCGCUCUCACUCUGCUGUGUAACCGGCCUCUCUUAGGCCUACGUACAAUGUAUUUUUAUUUCUUCAUAAAUAAAAACUUUUCAGACUC